AAACCUGACGAGCUGUCCCAAGCUUCAUCAAGCAACAAACCUGUUGAGUUGUCCCAAGCUUCUUCGAGCAGCAAACCUGAUGAGCUGUCCCAAGCUUCUUCGAGCAGCCAACCUGACGAACUUUCCCAAGCUUCUUCGAGCAGCAAACCCGUUGAGCUGUCUCAAGCUUCAUCGAGCAGCAAACCUGCAGAGAUUUCCCCACCAGCUGCUGAUUCUGCUGCUGUAGCUACGGCUGAACCAACAUCAGAUCUUGCUGUGGAGGAUGUCACGUCUGCUAGUGGAGUUGGUGAAGAUGGGGAAGUUACAAAAGAAGUAGAAAACAAAGAGAUAUCGAAAGAAGAGACUGAAGAAAUAACAACUGGAGAAUCAUCACAAGUGGAUACGUUUGAGGAACAGAGACGAGAAAUCGAUACCCUGCCAAGUCAGUCUGAAAUUAAAGCCGCUUUAGAAAAAAACGAUGAAAGCGAUCAUGACAGCAGCGCUACAUGUAGUGCAGACGAAGGUACUGGACAUACUGAAGGUGUGGUGGGUAGUACAAAGAAAGAAAAUGAUGGAAAUAAGGAAGAGAAACACCGAUGGAAAAAUCCCAGACACCGUCCCUGAGAAGGGUCAGAGAUACGUUCCAAGGUUAGCUGGGAUGCCAGAGUUAUUGGGUUCAAGCGCUAAAGGUCUAAACAACUAUAAGAGAUCUCAUCAACUGUGCAAUUGACAGGCACCUAGGCAAGGAUUCUAAUUCGCCACCACAUACAUCCAGCUCAGAUGCAGAAAAGCCAGUCAUCAAGGAAAGAUUGUCUCCUGUUCCACCAAAUAAUUCAACAGUUAGUACAGUUCCACCAACCAUAGUCAAAGAUUCAAGUCCAGUAACCAGUAUGCCUUUUGAAAGAAAACCAUACAUUACAACUAAAAUUGAAGCAGACGACUCUAUUAAGGUUGAUAAGCCAGAAGAUUUGAGUCUUAGUGCAGAAAGCAAAGCAGCUUUAGCUCAGCAACGCAUGGAGACAACGGAUAUGGCUGCCAGUAUACCUAGAUCCAGAUCUCGUUCUUCUUCUCCGUAUAUAUCCCCACACAUUUCCCAUACGUCGCAGCAUAAACCUGAUUUCUAUGAACAUGAAGCGUAUUGCAGAGAUAUGUACAUACAAGUUUACAGAGACCAAUGUUACCACAUCAUAUGUCCUUACUACUAUCCAGAAAGUGUCUUUAAGGAAAUGGCUGUAGCUGCUGAAGUCAUACGCCAACAACAAGAACAUGUGGCUGCCGAAAGGGAACGUGCUUACAUGACUACGCCACCAAAUCAAGGUCAAGGAAUUGGAAAACCAGGUCUUCCUCCGAGGACUGGAUCACCGUAUGCUUUGAUUCCAGCGUCAGAAAGAGGGCAUGUUAUGGCUCAGCCUCCUUCAAGGCCGUCGUCUAGGACUACUAAGCCAUCGAAUGUCCCACCCCCACCUCCACUAGUAGCCAAGACAUCGCCGAAACCGAUGAAAGCAGAUAAACCAUCACCGUUGGGUUUAGCACCAACUGCAGGUUCAAUUACACAAGGGACACCAGUCAGUUACAUUCCCACUGCCACCUCACCUUCAAGGAAACUAUGA